CAUAGUGUAAGAGUUAAGGAAAAAUGUGGGUGGUAAGCGGCGAGUUCGCAGAAAUCAAUUUAACAGUGUCAAUUCCUUGACUUGAAUGAAGUUUGGAGAAACCCAUCUCACUCAACAGGGGAUCGAAGGGGUUGAAUUCUUAUCUUACUUUUUAUUGAAUGUUCAAAAAUGCACGCGAACGAAGAAUUCCAAUUUCCCGUGGAAUUUUAUUUCACAAAGCACAGGAUUUUGCUAACUUAUUUGGUGAUUCUGAUUUUAAAGCUACAGAUGGGUGGCUAACCCGAUGGAAAGAACGCAACAACAUUGUCUAUCGUAAAUUGCAUGGUGAAAAGCAAGAUGCUGAUUUUAGCUCUGCCGCUGAUUGGGUAAACAACGUGUGGCCAACACUCAUCAAAGACUAUAAACCAGAGCAAAUUUUCAACACAGAUGAAACAGGAUUAUUUUUCCGAGCACUUCCUGAACACACACUGCUGUUUAAAAAUGAAUCGACUGGUGGAUGUAAAAAAAUGAAGGAAAGACUAACCGUGCUGCUAACAUGCAACAUGACAGGAACUGUGAAAAAAAAUCCUUUAGUGAUAGGAAAGAGUUUAAAACCUCGAUGUUUUAAAGGAGUAAAACACCUGCCCACCAGUUAUGCCAACAGCUAUAACGCAUGGAUGACAUCCAGCAUCUUCACAAAAUUUCUUCUUGAAUGGGACAAGGAGCUGAAAAAUGAAAAGGUCGUUUUACUUUUAGACAAUUGUUCUGCGCACCCUGCUGAUGAGGACUUGAGUUUGAAAAACAUUAAAUUAGUGUUUUUGCCACCCAACACUACAGCUAUUAUUCAACCCCUUGAUCAGGGAAUCAUAAGAUCAUUCAAGUUUCAUUACAGAAAAAUGGUUGUUCAAAAAAUCAUUAGUGACAUAGACUGUGACAGCUCUUCGGAACUCUUAACUGCAAACAAACUAUCGAAAUCCCUUACGAUUUUGGAAUCAAUGCAUUUGAUUCGUAACUCAUGGGACAUUGUUUCAACCCAAACAAUAUCAAAUUGCUUUAAAAAGUGUGGAUUAAGCACUGGUGAUGGAGCUGAUAACUGUUUCGAAGAAAUGCUCAGCAAUGAAGAAAAUGAUAUGGACGAGAAUUUUUCAUGUUACGUAGCUAUUGACGAUCACCUACAAACAUCAGGAGAAAAAUCUGAUUCUGAAAUUGUUACUGACAUCAAAAAUUGCAAAGUUAUUUCCAAUCAAGAAAUGGAGGAAUCAGACUCAGAAGAUGAAAUAAACUCAUCAGUGCCAUCUUCAACGGAAGUCAGAAAAGCACUUAAUGUAUUGCGGCAAGCUUUAGAACAAAGAGGAGGAAAUAUCGAAAACUAUAAAAACUUCUAUAAACUCUCAAAUGAUGUUGAAAAGUUAAUUUUAAAUAGUGCAACUCAAGCAACCAUUGAUCGGUUUUUUGCAAAAGUUUUGUAAAUUUAAUCUUAUAUAGGGUUUUACUUUAUUAAAAUAAUUAAAUUAGUUGAAUAAAGCAUUAAUGUUGUCAUUA